AUGAAGGUUGUUUACGCCUUGACGUUAUGCCUGGGCAUCGCUGAUGCUGUGGUUCUCCCCGUCUUCUCAGCUCCCAAGGGUGGCUAUGCACUUCCUCGACCUGAUUCAGAUGACACAACCGAUUCUUCAAAGACUGCGGCAGGAUCAAAGACAAAUUUGGAUUCUAUGCUUCCUGUAUUUGGAAAGGCAAAACCAAAGACUGGGUUUCCUGCUUCUGCUUUGUCGCGAAGAGUUGCCCGAAUUGAGCAGACAUAUGGCUCUGAUGACGAGUCUACAGACGACUCUGAUGAUACGCCCACGGAUCCAUCUGAUGCUACUCCAUCAAGUCCGCCUGAUGACACGCCAUCAGGCUCUUCAGAUGAUAUUGACGAGGUGGUGUAUGCCGAGCCAUUCAUGCAACCCACUUAUGUCCGCUUUGGUCCAGCUCCUGUCGACAAGCCAGAAGUUGCUCCCAAGGCCAAGUCGAAUUCAAAAGAUACUGCGAGUGUAGCCAAGCAUGGAGUAGACGAUGACUCCAGCUCUGGAGGCCACAAGCAGAAAGGCAAGGAUAAGAACAAGGGCAAAGAUGACGCUACAAAGUCUCGCAAGAAGCCUGAGGAUUCACCAAAAACAUCUUCCAACAGUGCAACGGAUUCAGUGUCUGUUACUGCCACAAGCACAGCAGCCCCCACAAGCCCGCCAAAAGGCGAUGACAAGGGCAAAAGCAAGGGAAAAGGAAAGGGGAAGGGCAAAGAUGGCGGUGGCAGGCAUAACGGAGAUGACGAUGCUACCAAGUCUCGCACCAAGGUUGAAGAUUCUACCAAGACUCGAUCUUCUGCUCCUACCAAGACCUAUUCUGAUGAUUCAGGAAAGGGUAAGGGGAAGGGUAAAGGAGAUGGCAAGGGUAGACACGAUGGUGGUGUUGAUGCUACAAAGUCACGAGCCAAAGCAGAGGACUCUGAGACCAACUCCAAGAAGAGUUCCAAGAAGGGAUCAAAAGACGACUCAAAGUCCAAGCCCUCAAAGAAAUCCUUCAUCACACAUCAAUCCGGCAAAACCUUCGAUGCCGACAGCACCAAAGGCGGCGGCAAAAACGGCCCCGGCUACAACCCCUCCUUCGACGUCCCCAAGCUCAACAAAGGCUACAUCCAAGCCAUCCCCCCCAAAGCCAGCACCAUCAACAACAAAUUCAGCUCGCGUGUGAAGCCUCGCCCCCAACUCAACACAGAAAAGGUCCGUCCCCUUUCCUCCUCCUCCUCCUCCUCCUCCUCCCUCCUCAAGAGGGAUGAAAGUAAAAAUAUACUGAGUCUCCGUGCAGCCGCGCCCUUCAACAGCGCCGCGAUCGACCGCAAGAAGUGGUCAGUGACGUGUGAUAGCGUGCACGAGGGGGAUGACUGCAAGAAUGCUAUCGACGGGAACGGUGAUACUAUGUGGCAUACCCAGUGGGAGGGCAGUGAGCCUGCGCCGCCGCAUAGUAUCACUGUUGAUAUGAAGAAGAGCUAUAACGUCAAUGGGAUUUCUAUGCUGCCCAGACAGGAUGGCUCGCAGAAUGGGUAUAUUGCGCAGCAUCAAAUAUUCCUGAGCAAGGAUGGGAAGACUUGGGGUUCACCUGUGGCGUAUGGGAAUUGGUACAGUGACUGGACUGUCAAGUAUGCCAAUUUCGAUACGCAGCCUGCACGAUUUGUCAAGCUCGUUGCUCUCACUGAGGCGAAUGGCAAUCCCUGGACAAGCAUUGCAGAGCUCAAUGUCUUUCAAGCGAACGACUACGUUCCUCCCCAAGCAACUCAAGGCGCUUGGGGUCCUACCAUUAACUUCCCCAUCAUCCCCGUCGCUGGAACCGUUGAUCCCAACACCGGCAAAGUCCUCGUCUGGUCAUCCUGGGCUAGAGACACCAUGUCUGGUGGUCCCGGUGGUCUAACGCUCACUUCAACAUGGGACCCAGCAACUGGCCAAGUCGCAGAGCGUCAAGUCACAGAGACGAACCAUGACAUGUUCUGCCCCGGCAUUUCCCUCGACGGAAACGGCCAACUCGUCGUUACAGGCGGUAACAAUGCCGAGCGCACAAGCCUCUUCGACCCCGUCAAACAAGCCUGGGUAUCCGGUCCCAACAUGAAAGUCGCACGCGGGUAUCAAUCCUCCGCCACAACAUCCACAGGCAAAGUCUUCACCAUCGGAGGAUCCUGGAGCGGCGGCGAGUCUUUCAAGAACGGCGAAGUAUACGAUCCGAAGAAGAAGACCUGGACACUGCUUAAUAAAGCAGAUGUUCAGAAGAUGCUCACGAAUGAUGCGCAGGGCUUGUUCCGCUCUGAUAACCACGCUUGGCUGUUUGGUUGGAAGAGCGGUACUGUGUUCCAGGCUGGGCCGAGUAAGAACAUGAACUGGUAUUACACUGAGAAGAAGAACGGCGAUGUCAAGACUGCGGGGCAGAGGGCCUCUGAUCGUGGUGUUGCGCCUGAUGCUAUGUGCGGAAAUGCCAUCAUGUUUGACGCCGUCAAGGGCAAGAUUCUGACUCAUGGUGGAACUCCGAAUUAUCAAGACUCGGACGCUACUACUGAUGCCCACAUCAUCACUGUCGGAAAUCCUGGUGCGAAUGUUUCUGUUGCUUACGCCAGUGAGGGUCUUUUCUUCCCUCGUGUGUUCCACAGCUCUGUUGUUCUUCCCAACGGCAACGUCUUCAUCACAGGUGGUCAGCAAUACGCUGUCCCGUUUGAAGACUCAACGCCUCAGUUGCAACCUGAGAUGUACUAUCCAGACAGAGAUGUCUUUGAGCUCAUGAAGCCCAAUAACAUCGUAAGGACAUAUCACAGCAUCGCCCUCCUCCUUCCCGACGGAAGAGUCUUCAACGGCGGCGGUGGUCUCUGCGGCGGAUGUGACACAAACCACUUCGACGCUCAACUCUACACUCCUCCCUACCUCUACGACUCAAAGGGCAAGUUAGCCACACGCCCCAAGAUCACUUCCGUGUCUGUGUCCACCAUCAAGGUUGGAGGAACAGUUACUGUUCAAACGGGCGGAGCUAUCGUGCAAGCUUCCCUAGUACGUGACCAACGACGUAUUCCGUUGACGUUAGCUAACGCAGGAAAGAAUUCGUAUUCGUUCCAGGUGCCUAGUGAUCCUGGUGUUGCGCUGCCGGGAUACUGGAUGUUGUUUGUCAUGGAUAAGAAUGGAGUGCCGAGUGUGGCUUCUACGAUCAAGGUCACUGGUUCAUAG